CAUUUAACGAUCUUACUUUUUCUAUCGAACCUAUAGAAGAAAAAUUGGAUGUAUUUUCUUCGCAAUCCAAUGCAAAUAAUGUACCAAUACAAGACACAGAAAAUGAAGUUCUCGCUCGACUUAUUAAGGAUCUUACUAAAGUAAAAGAAGAA